UUUAUCUCUGUAAGAUAUGCAGCUGUUUUCUGAUUUUCAAUGAAACAUUUGAACAGUACAGUGUAAUCUGAAGUGAAUAUGCUAUACUAGCUGGCUGUACUAAAGCAUGAGGGUAUACUAUAGAGGCUUCCUGUGUCACUUAAAGCUGGACAGGAGUUACAGCCUCCUCAAUGGCAGAGAUGUGAGCCUGGCUCUGCUGUUCUUCAAAGCUCUGGAUGUGAGGCAAGAGAUGGCCAUCGAUGAUGUCCAGUUCCUUGCCUUUAUGCAAGUGACCACUGACCUCAGCAAGAGCAAGAUCUAUCGUGUAUUUGACAUGCUGGAUGUGGACAGAUCGGGCAUGAUUGACUUUGAUGAGUUCUACCUCCUCCUCUGUAUCCUCCUGGCAGUCAGGGACAAACUGGAGAAGCAGUUUAUACUCCGCCACUCACGGACAGCGUUUGAGUUGCUUGACGUUGAUGGGAGUACCAAGAUCUCAACUGAAGAGUUUGUAAACUUUGGAUUCCUAUUCAACUUUGAUAAUGGAGCAGCCAGGCAGAUUUUCAAAGAGUUUGAUGUCUCAGGAGAUCAGGAGCUUGACUUACAUGAGUUCAAGAUGUUUGCGAUGGCGUGCAUUGACAGACAGACUGAGAUAGAGCAGAAGAGGCAUCCAACCAAGGAGAGGCGGGGGGAAAAGGAGGGAGGAGAUAAAGAAGGAAAGAAUGGGGACAAACAAGGAGGAGAUAAAGAAAGAGGAGACAAACAAGGAGGAGAUAAAGAAGGAGACAAAAAAGGAAUGAGAGGAUGGUGUGUCUUUCAGUGACCGUACACUCUAGUUAUAAUUAUCACUUCAUCAUAAAAUAUCAUUUAAACUUGUCUCUAUAUAUAUCGGUACGUAUUAUAGUGUCCAUGCAACCAAUCACAUUCAUUGUUCAAACAAAA